UGUGCUUCUUCCAACGAGCUACUCAUCUGUGGUUCUAGUUACGCGGCGUUUAGACUUGAAGAGGAAAGUUUCUGUUGAAUGGUUUUGGACACUAGUGGCGUAAUCUAGGCAUGGUCUGCCACCGACCUUCACCAAUCCUUUUGAUUGGUUUGCUCUGCUUUGUUUUGACAUUUGGUGAAGAAGGAGAUAAUGGCUGUUUUGAAGCACUUGGGAUUCAAUCAGGCGAGUUUGACGACGGAGAGAUCGCGGCCUCCAGUAUGCUGAAGAACUUUUCAUCAACUGACGCCUGGUGUCCACCAAAAGUCGAUGAAAAUCAAUAUCUGCAAGUGGAUUUGUCAAGAAAAACAGAAAUCACAAAACUUGCCACUCAAGGGGAGAUCGGCAGUAAGGACAGGCAUGUGAAGACUUAUGCAUUACUUUAUAGUGAUGAUGGGAAAAAAUGGAAACAGUACGAGAGUCAUGGAAAGGAGAAGAUUUUUCAAGCCAACAACGAUUCCUUUACAGUUCAUCAUAAUUUGUUGGAUAAACCUCUUGUUACUCGAUACAUUCGUGUCAAUCCAAGGACAUGGGAAAAUGCCAUUUGUUUGAGGCUUGAGUUAUAUGGAUGCGAUGUGUGAGGAUUACAGCAGCACUGCCCAGCAGAUGUGAGCCCAAACACCACUGCAUCUUAAGAUCUCAGUUAUGUACAAUACAGAUAGACAAGGAAGUUAAUUGAAGAUUUUGGAGACGAGGAAGAUUGUCUUCCUCUGAUUGGAUAUUCAAAGUGAAUUAACUGGAAAAAGUAAAACACAAGACAAGACAACUUUAUUUGGAGUUGAAAAAUUAAAAACGUUCUUCGAAAUAAUAAAUUUGACACCUAAUCAGUUGUCAAUAUUUUGUAGUAUCAUCAAACACAGGACGGAAUUAAGGAAUAAUUGUACGCCUACGGUUACGUGUAUGCCAAGAACAACUCCUAGAGGUCGACUUAAUGACUUGGUAUAAAAACAUGGAUCGUGACGUUAUACAUCAUAAAUGUGUACAUAUGUUGUUAUAAGGGGUGAUGAAAUAAUGCACCAAUAAUAAAAUUACUCUUACGGUUUUCAAUCUUA